AUGGAUGCAGAUGGAGGGGAUGGAGGCCUUGAGAUUAAAAUCGUUUCCCCGGAACUUUACGACUCAGCCCGGGCAAAAAUCGAUGCCAACCUACGCUGGCUCUUUGCCAAAGCUUAUGGUGAAGAUCAUGUCCCGGACGAUUUGAGAGACCCGUUCUAUGUGGAUCAGUAUGGUGUUGAGCACAUUAAGCCUCCCGUGCUGGAGCUGCUGCUCUCAGCUGAGCUCUACUCGCGCGUGUGUGCCUUCCUCUCGCUGGGCGAGCAGUCGACUACGUGCCACACGCACCAGUCAGUCCUGCAGGUGCUUGCCUGUCAGUCCAUCCAUGUCCUGGAGCCUGAUGGCACGCCUGUUACACACCACGACCUCAUCUCCGCCCCCAUCAGGAUGAGCUCCCACAUCCCUCUGAUUGAUGCUCUGAUGCUGGCAUGUACGAUGGAGAUGAUGAGUAUAGAGCAGGUGGUGUCAUGUCUUAAACGCUUCUCCACCUUUUCCCCCACCAAAGAGCUGCAACGGCCCUUCCACAUGGAGGAGGCCAUGCUCUUCUGGAUCAAUAAGGUUAUUUCAAGAACCAGGGAGAUCUGUGAGAAGGAGUUCAAACUGAAACAACAACUGAUGGACUCACCAUGUCAUCAAAAGGUACGUUACCGUAGAGACCAUGUGUCCAACCGUAUUCUUCCUCACCUGCCAGUGGUGGAGGAUCUGAUGAAAGACCUGUGUGAUGGUGCUGCCUUGCUGACCAUCAUCCAUUACUACUGCCCUGAAUACAUGAGACUAGAGGAUAUCUGCUUGAAGGAAGUUUUGUCGCUCUCUGACAGUGUGUAUAAUAUUCAGCUCUUAAGUGAGUUUUCCAAUGAGCAUCUGAACCACUGUUUGUAUCUGCAAACUGAAGACUUGCUAUAUGCUCCAGCAGUGUUAAAGCACAAUGUGAUGGUUUACAUAGCAGAGCUGUUUUGGUGGUUCGAGGUGAUGAGGCCAGAUUUUGUAAAACCCAAAGAUCUACAAGACAUCAAAGAAGUGAGAGCCUUGGCACAACCAAAGAGCUCCCGCCCCCACAUGCCCCUUUCAAACUUCACAAAGCGUAGCUUCUUAAGCUCCUCCCCCUCAGUGGAUUCCUUGGCAACAGGCCCUGUUAAUGACACCUGUAUCAGGUAUUACUGUCCUCUGGAGGAAUCUGCACCUGUUAGCAAAGCAAGCGCCUCCUACUCACUCCUUUCACUGAAACAGAGACAACAGAAUCCUGUCCAGGGGGAGGACACUACAGAGUUCAGGAACAGGUCUAGUUCUCUCUCGCGCAUGGAUGGACACAGUCCUGGAUCCCGGCUGGCCUGGAUGGAGAGAAGACAAAGACCAAUGUCUCAGUUGGAAAUGGAAUGGGAGCGUGUAGGUGGUGACAACAUCAGCUUAGCUCGCUCCAUCAGCAAAGACAGUUUAGCUUCCAACGUCAUCUCUGUAACACCUCGUCACCAUGUCAACGGCCAGCCUUCCUCAGACACCGAACACAACAAUGACGGUGAGGAAAAGGAGGAGGAGCUUGUGGCCAUUCUAGGAUCCAGGGGGAUGGCUGGGUUCAGAGAGCCUCAGGCAGAGAGCUUCUUCCUGGAGCCACUGCAGCCAGCUGUUUUACGACCUAAUAAGGAGAAAAUGACAGCGGUCAGUAAACACGAAGAAAGUGGCGAGGGGCAAAUUCAGAGACGAAGAGGGGGACGCUCACCUAUUGACCACACAAUAAUAAACCAAAGUUUCAUGACCGUUGACACUGUGGAACCGGAAAACACAAACUCUGUGCAAUCUGUUGGUUUCUUCCUACAUGGAAACUGUGAGCUUCCGAGACAUGGAAAACAUGAGUGGGUGGGUGGAGCCUCAGAGUCCGAGAUUGAAGAUGAUGAAGAAGAGGAAGAUGAUGUAGAAGAGAAACAGCUUGAAAGCACGCUAAUGUAUCAAGGUGAAAAGUUAACAUGCCCUGGUCACCGACAAGAAGAAGGUGAGUCAGCAAAGUUGUGCGAGGAUGUCCGAGUGUGUGAGCACGGAGGCAAAGAUGGCGCGAGUGGACAUUGUAGCCCAUGUCCAAGCUCAGUUUCACAGGCUAGCAGCGCCUCUAGCCAUAUGACGAGCUUCGCAGAGCGGAGAUUGCAACGCACCACUGUGCACGAUGGUUACAGUAGUGCUAGCAGCUCACACACUACCACUCCUGAUGGCUCUGAGAGUGGCACCUUGAGUCCUGACGUGAAAGGAGGCCUGGCCUCGGACCUUAUCCACCUGCGACUGCAGUUAGAGGAUAAGCGACGUGCCAUUGAGGCUCAAAAGAAGAAGAUGGAGGUGCUGGCGGCAAGGCAGAGGCUUCAACUGGGUAAAGUAGCUUUCCUUAAUGUGGUUAAGAAGGGGCGCAGUGAUACACUGCCACAUCCUGUCAAACAGGAACUGUUGGCAAUGAAAGACAAAGAACUGACAAAAGAUGGCACGUGCAUGGAGGUGUUGAAGGCCAAGAUCAAGGAAACUGAGGAAAACCUGGAUAAAGAGUCAGGAAAACUAUGGCAGGAUUCAAUUUCACCUGCGGCAACUGCUGGAUUAGAGGGGGAUAAUCAGAUGAGUGAAGGGGCGGAUAAGGAGGAAGUGGGUGAAGACUUAGAUCUGAGCGACUGCAGCCGCUCAAUUGAGCUCUUGAACGAUGCCAUUGGUGUAAUCCAGCAGCAGAUGAUGCAGCUAUCUGUCCAGCAGGAGCUGCUCAUGAAACAAACCAUGAAGUCUCCGCCGCAGGAAUGCAUGAUGAAACCUCAAUCUCCUGAGGCUAAACACCGACCCUCUGUGCAAUUCUUAGAGAUGUCUACUGCGACACGGCGACCUCCCAAGUUAAGUUCUUCUCAGAGCACUCGAACCAAACCUUCAGACUUUAAGCUUAGCAAGGAGAAUAGCACUCGUGCAAGUUCAAAAGUCAGUGCCCGGACACCUACUGCUGAUCCUAGGACACCUCCCCGAGCAGAAAACGACGAGGAGGAUGUGGCCAAGGCAGUUGGGCGCACUCCUGGCAAAGGCUUGGCACGAAAUACCACAUUCCGUCUCUAUGACUCUGGGAACCAAAGGUCUGAGGGUCCCGAAUUGCCCAAACUAGAAUCGCCAGCAGCAGAAGAGCAAAGUGGUUCUGGAAAGGAAAUCAUUGUGGAAACGUGUGAAGAGAAGAAAGCCCAGCUGAUCGAGGUGGCCCUGUCUGACCUGGCUGAACCACCUGAAUCUGGCGAGCAAAAAUCAGGACUGGGCUUUUUCUUCAAGGACGAUCAGAAGGCAGCGGAUGAGCUAGCCAAGAAGCGUGCUGCGUUUCUGCUGAAGCAACAGAAGAAGGCUGAGGAGGCACGUGUUCGCAAGCAGCAGCUGGAGGCAGAGUCGGAGCUCAAACGAGAUGAGGCCAGGCGUAAGGCAGAGGAGGAGCGCAUGCGUAAGGAGGAGGAAAAGGCACGCAGGGAGUUAAUCAAGCAGGAGUAUCUACGCAGAAAGCAACAGGAACUGGUGGAAGAACAGGGAGUGGCCAAGCCCCGUCCCCACCGCAAGAAGCCCCGCCCCAAAUCACUCCAUCGCGGCCAAUCCGGCACCACCACCCCUGUAAGUUUAUGUGCUGCUCCAUCUGGCUCCUCUCUUUCUUUGGCAUCUGCUGUUACUGAAGCAGACAGCGUUACUUCCGGAGGAGGCUCACAGAGAGGUGGAGGUGAGUCAGUGGAGUCGUUUCCGAUGUUAGGCCGUAAUGCUAGCAGGAACAUGGAGAGAGACUGGGACAACGGUUCGACAGCUUCCUCCAUCACCUCUACAGCAGAGUACAGCGGCUUGAAGUUGUUUAAGGAGCCGAGCGCUAAAUCCAAUAAGCUGAUCAUCCAGAAUGCCAUUGCCCACUGCUGUCUGGCUGGCAAAGUCAACGAAGCCCACAAGAAUGCUGUCUUAGAGGAAAUCGAGCGCUGUGAGGCCAAUCACUUGAUGAUCCUGUUCCGUGAUGGUGGCUGCCAGUUCCGGGCACUUUACGCAUUCAUGCCUGACACCGAGGAGCUGACAAAGCUGUCGGGCACCGGACCCCGCGCCAUAACUCGCAAAAUGAUUGACACGUUGUUCAAAUACAGCUCAGACCGUAAGCAGUUUACCAUCAUCCCGGCCAAGACAGUCUCGGCCAGUGUGGACGCCAUCACCAUUCACAACCACCUGUGGCAGCUCAAACGACACUGCUCUUCCAAGAGGAAAUGA